ACUUUCCCAUGUGCUAAAGCUUCAGUUUCAGAACUGGCAUUUCUUUUUUAUUAUUUCCAUAAUGUGUAUAAUUCUUCCAAGCUAAACAAAAAUAGUACAAAAGACCCUGCACGAAGAAACAGCACAAGAUCCAAUGAAAACUUCCCUCCCUACCCCCCCCCCCAAUUGAGUUUAUAAAACUUUUCCCAUGUUUUCAUUUUUUUCAGUCUGUCAGCAGAACAUGUUCCUGUAACAACAUAGCAAGGAACUGAAACUUCCAACAAUGGAUGAACUCAACCUGUGAAGAAUUUGUGUUUGCUUCUCUGUCUUGUCUCUCAGGAACUUCUGGUUGUAUAUUUGUAAGGCUUAAAAAAUGGACUUCAGGACACGUCUAGAUUAUGCUUUGUUCCAACUUACACCUACCAGAACCAGAUGUGAUCUGGUGAUUUUUGCUGGAAAAGAGAAUGAGAAAUUGGCAUCAGGGUUGCUAGAACCCUUCAUUUCACACCUCAAAGCUGCUAAAGAUCAAAUUUCUAAAGGAGGCUACUCUGUAACUCUUCGCCCUCUAGCCUCAUCUCCUCCCUGGUUCACCAAAGGCACUCUCCUAAGGUUUGUGAGGUUUGUUAGUACACCAGAAGUUCUUGAGAGAUUUGUGACAGUGGAGAGGGAAAUCGAACAGAUCGAGAAUUCAAUUCAAUCGUACGAAGCAAACGCUGCCGGGACGACAGUUGCAGAUGGGAAUUUCCAAAAGCCAUAUACUUCAUCUAAGUCUAAAGGUGAAUUCAAUGGAACCGAAGAUGAUGUUCCAGAAGAAACUUCCAAGGUUCGUCUUCAACGUGUUCUGGAGACAAGGAAGAAAGUACUUUGUAAAGAGCAAGCAAUGGCUUAUGCACGUGCUUUGGUUGCCGGUUACGAACCUGAUAAUAUCGAUGAUCUCAUCUCUUUUUCUGACACUUUCGGUGCUUCUCGUUUAAGGGAAGCUUGCAUAAAUUUCAUGGACUUAUGCAAGAGAAAGAAUGAAGAUAGGCUUUGGAUGGCUGAAUUAGCAGCAAUGCAAGCAUGUCCUAGACCAGACUUGUCUUACCUUGGAACAUCUGGGAUCGUACUUGCAGGGGAAGAAAAUGAUCCAAGUCAAAAUCUUACCAUAAAUGUCUCCGCCAUGAAGCAAACCGGUUCUGCCGCCUCAGAUGCUGGAAGUGGAGAUAUUAACCCUGAUGGUAGCUUGGCAUCCAUGGAUGGGAAAUCUCAAGUACAAAUUCCAUGGCCACCCCAUUUUCCUCCGUACAUGCAAAGUUUUCCGGGUUCUGGAUUUCAACAAAUGCCUCCAUAUCAAGGGUACAUUUUCCCUGGUAUGCACGGUGCUCCCCCGUAUUAUCCAGGAAAUAUGCAUUGGCCUCCGAAUGUAGAGGAUUCAAACCUUGCUUGUGGUUGGGAACCGGAUGAUCGUAGAAGUCAUAAAUCAUCUUCUAGGAGAAAGAAAAAAUCUUCACAAAGUAAGGGAGAUGAAUCCACUGAGUCUAAUGAUUCUAGCUCUGAGAGUGAACCAGAAGAGGAAGUACAUAAGAAAAAGCACGAAAAGAAGUCAUCAUCAUCAAGAAAGGUUGUCAUCCGUAAUAUUAAUUACAUUUCUUCGAAGAGGAAUGGGGAUAAGGGCAGUGAUUCCGAAGAUAAUUCUGAUGAGGAUGAGUUCAUUGAUGGAGAUUCUCUCAAACAGCAAGUAGAGGAGGCUGUUGGAUCACUAGGGAAACGGCACAAGUCUACCUCACGCCAUCAUAAGAAACACAAUGGAAGCAAGCAUCGAAACAGUGUGUCCUACGAUGAAGAUGAACUGGUAACUAAAAAUCCAGAGGGAGAAAAACGAAGCAAUCCCUGGGAUACUUUCCAAAACCUUCUCUUGCAAGACAAGGAUUUGGAUUCUUCUGAAGUAGAUAAACAGCCUGCAAGAUUGCAAGACAAAUAUUUUGCAAGCACGGGGACCGAGGGAGUAACAAAGCCAAAGACAAACUCAAGUGAUCCCUUUUUGGACUCACAGAUCGGUAAGGAUCAUGAAGGUGAAACUCGAGGCAGAAACUUUGGGACUAAUGAAUUUAGUGGCUCAGUUGUUAAGAGAAGAGAUGGCACAAAUGAGGAGUUGCUUAUGUUGCAAGGCACUGAUUCUGGGAUCAGUUCCCGAGCUAAAAUAUCCGAUUAUGCUGCAGAAUCCACUAUGGCCAGAACUCGCAGAGAAGGCGAAUGGUUUAUCAACAAAGAAGUGGAUAAAUCUUCGAAUCAGGAUGAGAUGAUGGGUCUCAAAAUGUUUGAUGGGGAAAAUGCUUCUUCAUUAGCUCGUGAAAGCAAGAAAGAUGUUUUUGUUGAUGACUCUUUCAUGAUUCAAGGUCCAUCAGUGGGAGAAUAUCAAUCUGAUCAGUUAAGGAUCGGUAUAGGCAUGGUUCCUGAACUCGAAGCUACUCAACAAGAACAUAGCAAUUCGGAAAAUGUAUCGAAGGCUGCUCCAGUUUCGUAUGAACCAGAUGAACUUUACAUGGUGAUUGGGCGUGGUUCAGCAGAAGAGACUGCCAUGACAUCUUGGACUCCAGAGAUUGACUACGAAAUGAACGCGUUAUCUGCUGAAGCCACCAGCAGGCAUGCUGAUGUUGAAAUAACCGGUGCCAAUGAAAAGGGGCCUGAUGCUAAAAAACUCGGGAAAUCCGAGGGGAAACUUCCGAAUAAAGAAGUUCGUUCUAGAGUUUCAAAUGGACCUCUUGCCAAGAGCAAGUCUGAUGUAGUAUCAAAGAGCAGGAAACCACCAGCAGGAAGCAAAACCAUGAUACGGAGAACUAAGUCUGAUCAGGAAGAGGAGAACAGAAAGAAAAUGGAGGAGUUACGGAUCCAGCGCCAGAAGAGGAUAGCUGAGAGGAGUGCUGCCGGUGGUCUUAAUCCGGUUACUUCCCGGAGGAGCUCCACCGAAAGUAAAACUUCAGCAGCUUCAACGAAGAGCCAGCCAUCAACUCAAGACACUAAGAAAUCGCCGAAGCCAGUCCUUAGAAGUUCCACCAUAGAACGCCUUGCAACCGCACGGAAUACUUCAAAGGUCUCUUCGGCUGAAUUGAAAUCGAGCCAGCCGAAAAAGCCGACAUUGAAGGAAAUCAGUUCUUCAACAACUCAGAAGGCUGCUCCUGCUAAGGAUAAGAACUCAAGCACAAACAAAGCCAAAGCUUCAGAUAUAAAAAGUGGUACAAAUAAAGAACUUCCAAGUGGCGAUAAUGCACAAGGAAAAAGGGAGUCCAAUGAGGUCACAGUAGCAUUGCCAAUGGAACCAGCACCAUCCAAAGCAACUCAACCUACUGACAUUGUUGAUGAUUUCAAGGACAUUCAAGAAUUGCAGACUACCCCAAUCGAAAAGACCGAAGGAAAUGCAACUUCGAAACCAAACCCGUCGGGGGAAGACCAAAGCUCAAAUGCCAAAAUGGUUACCGUAAAUAAGCCAAUGCAAUUAGAUCAUGUAAAAGGUGAUGAAGAAUUUAUAAUGCCAACUAAAGUUGUUUCUGAAGAUAACAUAGCACCAGAAGGAUUUGGUAAAGAUAUUCCUGAGACAACGGUCCAUCCUGUGCCGCCAGUGCCUAGCAAGACGGUAAGAUUUUCGACUGUAAAUAUCGAAGAGAUGCGUGCAACGAAUGAGAAAUAUCAGUCGCCUAGGAUUCCUGAAAUAGAGAUCUCAACUCCACCUCCAAAUGAUGGAAUGGACAAGGAACCAAUGCAUAGCAGGAAGAAAUGGAACAACGAGGAGAGCCCUCCUAAAGCAGCCAAAGGGUUUAGAAAGCUUCUUUUCUUUGGAAGAAAAAGCAAAAACUAUGCUACUGCUUAGUGUAUGCUUGUCUUUCCAUAUUGCUUAUGCUUCGGGUUUUCAGUUUUUUCGGGUGGAACGUACCAAUAAGGCCUUUGAUGUUGCUGCCAUUCAAGGAUUCAUGAACUUAUAAAGAAAAAUGGGGAAAAUAAGAGAGAGAUUCAUAAUGUAAUUUAUCUUUGUUUGAUAUAUCAUGUUGGAAGGGUUAAAACACAUUCUUUUUUGUUUGAUUGUAUACCUUUGUAUUUUGAAUCAUUUGUAAUUUGAAUUCUUUGGUGUUCUUUUUUUUCCAUAUGAAAAAGCCUGCAAUGUUUUUUA